AUGCCGCUGCCGCCGCCCAACUGGCGAGGAAACUGCUCCGUGGCGAGCGGGGUCUCGUGCAACAACAAGAUCAUCGCCGCGCGCGGGUUCAAAGCGUCACCGAACGCCUCGGCGGUCGACACCGCGGGGCACGGGACCCACGUGGCCAGCAUCGCCGCCGGGAACUUCAUCGACAACGCCAGCGUCCUCGGAAGCACUCUUGGCACCGCUGCGGGGAUGGCGCCACGGGCGCACCUCGCCAUUUACAAGGUGUGCUUCAAAGACGGCUGCACUGCCAGCGACGUACUUGCCGCGAUCGACCAGGCCAUCUACGACCGCGUCGACAUCAUCUCCAUGUCCCUCGGCGGCAAUGCAGCGGAUAGGUAUUACAAUGAUGGCGUGUCGAAGGGGUCGCUGGCUGCAGUGUUGCGCGGGAUAGCUGCCGUCACUGCUGCAGGCAACUUGGGGGCGAAUGAGAAUACGUUGGCACAUGACGCGCCGUGGGUAUUGACGGUUGGGGCAACAUCUACUGACCGGAGGAUUAAAUCUAUCGUGAAACUCGGGAACGGAGAAGCGCUAGAGGGCGAAACAGCAUACCAGCCGAGCUCGUUCAACACGUCGAGAACGCUGCCGAUUGUAUAUCCGGGGGCGAUUGGCCGCCGUAGUGCGAAGUACUGCCUGAAAGGGUCACUGAACUCCAUCGAUGUGUGGAAGAAGAUAGUGCUGUGCCACCUUGGCAACAGCAGGAACGUCGAGAAGGGCGAGGUGGUGUACGCGGCCGGCGGGGCGGCGCUGAUACUGCUGAAUCCGGAGGAGAAAGGUUACUCGACGCUUUCAGAACCACACGUUCUUCCGGUGGUGCACUUGGGCUACUUGGAUGGGCUAAAGGUUCAAACCUACUACUACUCGCUGCAAAAUUCAACGGGCGUUAGUGGUGCAAAUGCGUCGAUCAUUUUCAAUGCGACGACGUAUGGCCACCGCCCGUCGCCCGCGGUAGCCUACUUCUCCUCCCGUGGGCCGCCGCUGUCGAAUGGAGGGAUUUUGAAGCCCGACGUGCUCGCGCCGGGUGUGAACAUCCUCGCAGCAUGGCCGUUCGAGGUCGGGUCCAAUCCAUCUGGGCUUGCAGAAUCGACAUUCAACUUUGACAGCGGCACGUCGAUGGCGACCCCUCACGUGGCCGGCAUUGCCGCGCUGAUCGGAAACAAACACCCGACAUGGUCGCCAGCUUUCGUACACUCGGCAAUUAUAACAUCGGCAAAGGACGUCGACCUCGACGGGAAUCCGAUCACCGAUGAGCUAUCGAACAGAACGGCAGGCAUAUUCACGACUGGCGCCGGACACGUCGACCCCCUGAGAGCUAUUGAUCCCGGGCUUGUGUACGACAUCCAGCCUGGUGACUAUGCCGGCUAUUUAUGCGCACUCGGGUACACCAACAUGGAGAUGCGGAUGUUGUACCGUAGGCGGAUGAAUUGCUCGGCCAUGAGGUGGACAAGUGCGCCGAUGAUGAACUACCCGUCGAUACAGGUGUCGCUGCAGCGGAGGGAAGGGCCCGCUGUAACGGUGAGCCGGACCGCGACGAACGUCGGGAAUCCGAGAUCGGUGUACAGGGCGCGCAUCACGGUGCCGGAGGGGGGUGAGGGUUGA